AAAUCAUGGAGUCUAACGACAUUAUCGCACCUUUCGUCCUCAAAACUUAUCAGAUGGUCAACGAUCCAUCUCUCGACGGUUUCAUCCGGUGGGGAAUCGCCGAUAACAGCUUCAUCGUCGUCCAACCUCUCGAUUUCUCCCAACGUCUUUUACCUGCUUACUUCAAACACAAUAAUUUCUCCAGUUUUAUUCGUCAAUUAAACACUUAUGGUUUCAGAAAAGUGGAUCCUGAUCGAUGGGAAUUUGCGAGCGAGUGGUUUUUGAGAGGACAAACGCAUUUGUUGAAGAAUUUAGGGAGGAAGAAACAGAUUCACAAUAGGAAUAAUUUCAUGCGAUCGGAGGAAGAUGAUGAAGUUGAGAUGGCGGUGGAGAUUGCAAGAUUAAAUCAGGAGCAGAAGGCGUUAGAACGGGAGUUAAUCGGGAUGAACAAGCGGCUGGAGGCGACGGAGCGGCGGCCGGAGCAAAUGAUGGCGUUAUUGCAUAAAGUGGCGGAGGAUCCCGAGAUCUUGCCACGUAUGAUGCUUGAAAAGGAUCAACGAUCGAAACGUUUGAUACAUAAAAAGCGGCAACGGAUUUUGAUUCCUCCGUCGCCGUUGCCGUCGCCGUCGUCGAGGGUGAAGAACAAGGAGGAUGACGAGUGUCGGAUUCUCGGAGGAUGGACAGCUUCUUCACCGGAGGGUUAUUAUGGUAAUGAGCCGUUUUGGCAGUCAUCGCCGUCGCCGGAUACAAUAUCCAUGGCAUGGCCGCGGACCAAAGCCGUCGUUGGCGGCGGCGGUCUUAAUAUGGAAUCCGGUCCGGUGAAUGGAAUUAGUAUGUAUGGAAAUUAUACAGAUGGAGGCGGCGGUGGAUUCAAUAUGGAUUACUCCGGAGGAGUUUCGCCGGAGCCGGACGUUAGACCACCGCCGGCUUAUCCAUUUUCCCUAUUGGGUGGCGGUUUUUAGCUACAGUUUAAUUAGUUACUGGUAUUAUAAAUACUAGAUUAUUGUAAUAUUUUAUAUUUUCUUCCCUUUUUGUAAUUUUC